AUGAUCUUUAGCGCACCCACUGCUGACCCCUCGCCCUCCAAAACGCUCCUGAACCGCUUCUCCAAAGAGAACUUGGACUGGCGUCAGUCGUUGGCCGCCCUUGACGCAAACGAUGAGUCUCCAGAGACAGAAGAGGAUGUGCACCUCGCCUUGGCGAGGAUGCGCAAGGAGCUGAAUCCUUCUUCAUCACAUGCAGCGACUUCGUCAAGCCGCCGACUCCAGCCGACAACAAGUUUGUCGUCUUUGACGGAGCUACCGUCCUCUACCCCUCCUGACGACUUUCGAUCCGAUGCGGCGGCAACACAGAGACCAUCGAAUGCUUCCCGCAGGAUCGGUGGCACAUCAUCUCUCACGCCUGUUCCGCCCACAUCCUCUCCGUCCAAGGUCGUGGGCACACAACAGACUUUGCCCCGGUCCACUCCUCCGGCUCGAUCACCACUUGCGGCUGAGAGUGAACCGGCAAGUACCGUCAAGAUUGGUGCUCCAUCUCGCGCCAGGCGCGUUGUCGAUUCGGAUGACGACGAACCCUCGGAGGAGUUGAAGCAUCCGGCCAGUCCCCAAUCGCCGCCUGAACCCCCCACAAUUGAUGACCCACCGCGAUCUCGCGGCGAGGAGCUGCAUCUGUUUAGCGAUGAUGAGGAGGAUGCUCUUGAUCAGAGUAUGACAUCACGUGCCAAGAUGAAGCCCCUCAAGAAGGCAGAUCAGGAGCAACUUCGUCGCGAUGUGUCUAAAGCGAAACGAGAGCGUCAGGUCUUUGUGUCUCGAACCCAAACUGAACGCCGCCCUGUGUCCGAGUGGUUGCAGAGGGCCGAUGGUGCAGUUCGAGCACAGCCUCAGCCACGGCCGCUGCCACCAGUCUCUACCCCGGAAGAUAUCCACCAAUUCCCUCCAAGCUCAUUACCAGCAGAUAAGAGCAGCGAUGGACCAGCCCCAGUUCGGAUUGCCAACACAAAGCAGAGGUCAUCUCCAACGCCUCUUGCCCGACGCACCGAACGUCCAACCUCCGCUACAUCCGAUAGCGACAGCGAGCCGCUAGACCUCGUGGCCGAAAUGGACAAGGCUAUGGAGCGGGCCUCAAGGAAGAAGCACUUGGAUGACAUGAAGCGCAAGGCGAUGGAGGCCAAGGUGUUGCGACCGGCGGUACCCGAUGAUUCUGACGACGAGCUGUCGAUUGGUACCCCUGGGGCAACAAAGGUCGGCGCAGCCCCCACCAAGGCGCCGACUGCUCAAUCUCUCAUCAGUAACAGGGUCGCCGCCGCUGCUCCAAAUAAGCAGAAACAGAAUCUCUUGCGAAUCAGCGGAGCCAGGGUUGGGGGACGACGACCCGUCACCGAAACACACCUCCAGUUUGCCGGCAAAGACUUCGACCACGCCAACCAGAAGAUGGCCAACGCUGGCUCUCGGCCUGCGGGGCAGAAACCUGGCAGGGACAAUGUGAUUUCACAGCUUCAAAUGGACGCGCAGAUGCGAGCCAGCCACCAGAAGCAGGUCCGCGACCUUGCGAUUGCCAAGGAAAGGCAGUUCGGAAAAGGCCGCCAACUUCCUGCGAAGCAAUCCAUAGACCUCGCCACGGUCACCAAGGUCUCAGACGAUGUCAAUGAACACGACUCAGCCAGCGAUGACGGUGACAGCGAUUACGAUCCCGUGUCAGGCUCGGACGAUGAGGUCAAUGAUGAGGUCGCAAGCAACACAAGUGCCGUGGGCGAUAGCGUCCCGUUGGCCACGUCCACGAGCGGAACCCCGGAGCCGCACACCCAACCUGGCCGUAGUCGCCAAGUCGUUUUUGCUGAGGCUGAAGACGACGAAAUCGACAGUGCAGCACAACCACGGCACCGUCCCUCGCGCCGCCUUCGCCGAGUCGCCGCAGACUCCGAGUCUGAAGAUGACGUAGUCAAAGUGCUGCCUGCUGCGGCUCUUGCGACGACUACUCAGACGGCUACCAGCCAUGACUCGGUUGGGUUCGACGACUUUGGGGAUGACUUUGGGGAUGACUUUGGGGAAGGCGGAUUCUCACAAUUGUUUGAAACAACACAGGCCGUUGUUGGGAGCGAGAAUGACGGCCUGGCGGGACUUCGAAACGACACGGAUGGUCUCGUUCCAGAGCACGCCGCGCUGCCAGGGGUACAACUGUCAGAGUCCCAAGCCCGUCGUGACAAUGCUCUGGUAGCCGGCGAACUUGAGAAUGCGGUCACUCAAGCAGUGCAGGUGCAACCUGGUAACCAGUACCUCAACUCUCAAGGUUUCUUCACCCAAUCUCGACCUACGCAACAGGACGGCACACAGUUGCCCACAGAAUCUGCAACCGAGGUGGACCCCAGUAGCACUCUCAUCCUAUCCACUAGUGGAGCAGGCCAGUCGUCUCCCACUUCGCAUCAAGAAGCUGCUCUGAGUCCCACUCAGGGCUCUCAUCAACUCAAGCGCCUCCGCCGUCGACACUCGGAAGCGGAUGAAGAGGCCGUCGAGUCGCCGGCUCCACAGGCACCCCGUCGUGACGCCUUCCAAGCCCUUGCGGAUGGUGCUCGCAGGGUACUUGCUCAUGACGCUUCCAAGGGCAGGCGCAGAGACGCAGCAUUCGUCGAUGAGCAGGCAGAAGAAAGUGAUGAGGACAACGCAUGGGGCCUCACGAAGGGAGACGACGACGAGGAUGACGGUAUGGACGAAGGCUACAUCCCGGACCUCCUCGAUGAUGCGGCGAUGGACGCGGAGGAGAGAGAAAAGCAGAAGGAGCUUGCCGACGCUAAACUUCGGGAAAUUGCUCAAGAGGACGACGCACGACGUGAAGCUGAGGCCAAGAAGAUUACAGAUGGCCACUAUCGCCAUAAGCGACGCGGAAACGACUUCUUGUCUGACGAGGAGGACGAGGAGACGCGUUCCAGGCGCCUUACAAAGAAACAGCGCCGUCAGCGUAAACUCGAACGGGAAGAUGGCCUGUACAAGCUGGAUGGUGAAAACAAUGCCUUCCUCAAGGAGUACGAGCGGGACCUCGAGUCGGACAACGAGUUUGAGGAGAGUUUGGAGGUACCAGCGGCUCUCCACUCCCCAUCCCGCGAUGCUCUCUCCAGCCGCGAGGUUCAUGAGCUGCUGAGGUUGAACCGGGCAGAGCAUGUCGAGGUUCAACUCUCAGACGAUGAGAGCGAAUCUCAGGUAAUGAUUGCACGAAGGACGCGAGUCACGGCUAUUGCUACCAAAGACGUCGAGACCUUGCGAUCAACAGAGAGUUACAUGAUGUUCCUCAAGGAUCAAGGCAACAAUGCCGGUCGCGGAGGCUCAGGUCGUGGUGGUGUCUCUGUGGUCCAGAAGGCACACCCGGGCCCAAGUCAUGGGUCAAAGCUCGACCGAUCAAAGACAGCCACUACCGACAUUUCGCAGCGGACAGGCCGUGUGCUUAUCGACAAGACCACAGGCUUCAAUUAG